GUAUGGACGACGACGAGGAUAAAGACCCAGGGGAGGUUUUUGCGAUUCCUGACUUAUAUCGCCCCUCUAGAUGGCUCAGCGAUGUUCAGCAACCCUCUAGUUUCCUGUUCUCAGGAUUGAGACUUGAUGAUAUUGAUGCGAGGUUGCCAGAUAUUGUUCAGCAGCCCAAGAAGGACGAUUUCUUUAGUAUUCCAGACCUAUUGAUUGGACCCUCCGAAACCCUUCCUCCGCCUAGCCCUUCGACCGCGCUGAAAGAUGCUUCUGAAUUGCCGGAGGAGACACAUGAGGUUGAAGAUGAUGUUUGGUUACUCCCAGAAGGGCUAUUAGAGUCUGCAAAGUACCAAAGCUGGGAUAGCUUUGAUGACCAGAAGAAUCGAGAUGCGUACAAUACCUAUAUAACCGAGACUGGGUCAUCUGUGUUCGAUGCUGCCAUUGCGACAGAUCGGGAUUAUCUGCGUGUCGGUAACGCUGGCUAUGCGGUUGUUGAUGCGAAAACGUAUGCAUCAUCAUUACUAGCUCUGGGGCUUGGUAGGAACUCAGUUCUCUUUGCCUGGGAUGAGGAAAAGCAAUCCUUUGAAUCGGUUUUACCUAGAAUGAGGAUUUCUGGCUACACUGCGGAAUCCCUAGAUGGACUGUCCUCAAUUUUCAUGGAUUGCGGGAAUAUCACAAAGUUCCUUCAAACCUUUGUCGACAAGGCGUACGUCAAGAGGAACUCACCAGGCCAGAUCGCUUUAGCCGAUGCCGUGUCUAGCCUACUCACGACCAUUCAGACACGACUGAGGGAGACUGCAUCUCAAAACAAGAGCAUUUUACAGCUCCAAGUUCUAUUCGGACCGGCUCAUUCAAUUCUCACAUGCUUCCAACGCAUUGUGAAGAAUGUCUCUGCCAGCCGAAACGACGAGUCUAUGAUGUCAACAGUGUUUGAGGAAAUUCAGCUAUUGGAGUAUAGAACUGAUUUUUUGAGAGAGAUUCUCAUCGAAGUCUUGUCUCGGGUGUCCCAUCCAUGGCUUGAAUUCGCAUGCGAGUGGCUAGGCCUGCGAAAAGAAGCAGGUUUGCCACUUACAAAGGAAGGUGACGGGAAAAGCUUUGUGAGCGUGGCGAACAGAGAAUGGAUUGAUGAACAGGGAAUCGAAUUGCAAGAGCGGGACUAUGUGUUGGACUAUGAUAAAGUGCCCUCUUUCAUUGCACCAGAGGAUGCUCGUGCCAUGUUCGAAGUUGGGAGAAGUUUACGAUUUCUAAGGGACCAUCAUCCAGACCAUCCGCUUGCCAGGGCCGAUGUUAUAGCAUCCGCUAGUCCCCCCUCUCUUGAGUGGAAAUUUUCAUGGCAAGACAUCGCUGCCGUUGAAGCUAAGGCUCUGAAAUAUGAGAAGGAUUUGACCACAGCCAUCCUGCAAUACUCGAAAGGUGCCCCAACUACCGGUAUCCUCGAGACUAAUCAUGAAUUCGAUGGUGUAGAAUUCGAGUUGGAAUUCUUCGGCAAGCCAGAGGAGGAUAUCCAAGCUCAUGUCUUGGCUUCCAUUAAUGCAUUUGAUCUUCCCUUGGAGAACACUACUCCAGAUCGGCUUUCUGGUAUACUUGAUACUUAUUUGAUCUCAAACGGCAAGGCUUCUUCCAAAGACACUUCCGUAUUGUUGCCCCCUAUCUCAUUGACGCCCUCACUUGCAUUCAACCCGAUUAUCGCAGCACAGGCUCGAGUUAUUAAUGGUACUUGUAUGCGGAUGUUCUUCAUCUCUCACAAACUCAGGGAGCAUUUGGCUCUUCAACGGAGCUUUCACCUUCUUGGAAAUGGCGUCUUUUCAAGCAGGCUAUCUCACGCGCUUUUUGAUCCGGAGCUAGAGAGCGCAGAACGCCAUCAAGGGGUUGCUCGUUCAGGUGGUACAAUGGGCCUUCGUCUUGGUGGUCGCGAUACAUGGCCUCCAGCAAGCUCUGAGCUUCGACUUGCCCUCAUGGGUGUUCUCACCGAGAGUUAUGUUUCAGACGGCCCCUUGGAUCAGUCUCGCGCUACCGGAUAUCUUGAGAAUUCUCUCCCGGGUGAUCUCAGCUUCGCCGUCCGAGAUAUGUCAGAAGAAGAAAUCGAGAAGUGCAUGAAUGCGGAUUCAAUUGAAGCUUUAGACUUCUUGCGUCUCUCGUACAAACCCCCCCAACCUCUCGAAGCCGUCAUCACCCCCAUAAUACUCUUCAAAUAUGAUCAGCUUUUCAAGCUUCUCCUACGGGUCCUUCGCAUGCUCUAUGUCGUAUCAGCACUCUUCCGUGAUGCUACUGAUCGGACAUCGUCCUGGCAGGGCAUUAAUCAUGUAGCACAGCGUUUCCGCAUUGAAGCCCAUCAUUUCAUCUCCAACGUGUCUGGAUAUUUCUUCGAUACUGGUAUUGAGGCCACUUGGCGUGUCUUUGAGCGUAAGCUGGAUCAGGUCGAGUCGCGUAUCAAGGAUGGCAACAUCACCCUUGGUCAAAAUGAGGGGCUUGACAAGCUCAGAGACUAUCACGAAAGAGUUUUGGACCGCAUUAUGUUCGCGCUUUUACUACGGAAGCGUCAAAAGCCCGUAAUGCAGCUACUCGAAGAGAUUUUCACACUCGUCCUCCAGUUCUCGAAGCACUCUAGACAGAGAGCUUUGGGCCAAGUUGGCGCGGAUGAUGAGGUUAGAGAAAUGUAUUUGAAAUUUAGGAAGAAGGUUGGAGUGUUUAUCACUGUUUGCAGGGGACUAAGUGAGAAGAAGGGAUAUGGCGAAAAGAGGUCGAUGGAUAAGAAGAUAUUAGGUCAAGGUGGACUUUUUGAUGGGGAUGAUUUGGCGGAGGAGAAUACCAUUGCGCAUCUUGUGACAAGGUUGGAGAUGUCGAAUUACUAUUCGAGAACUGUUGAUGUGUAA